GUGUUGGGGACGCCGGGAAGCAUCAGCAGUCCGAGGCCAGAAUCGGCGGUUGUGCUUGCUCCCCGCCGCUGGCACAAUGUCCCGCGUGCCGGUGGCCUGCCAUGUGAAAGGCACCGUGGCGCUGCAAGUGGGCGAUGUGCGGACCUCCCAAGGCCGGCCUGGUGUGCUGGUCAUCGAUGUCACCUUCCCCAACAUAGCGCCCUUCGAGUUGCAGGAGAUUACAUUUAAGAAUUACUACACAGCCUUUCUGAGCAUCCGUGUUCGGCAGUACACCUCGAUGCACACGCCAGCCAAGUGGGUGACCUGCCUGCGGGACUACUGCCUGAUGCCUGACCCACACAGUGAGGAGGGAGCUCAGGAGUAUGUAUCGCUGUUCAAGCACCAGAUGCUGUGUGACAUGGCUAGAGUGCUGGAGCUGCGCCUGAUUCUGCGACAGCCGUCACCACUGUGGCUGUCUUUCACAGUGGAGGAGCUGCAGAUCUACCAGCAGGGACCAAAGAGCCCCUCCAUGACCUUUCCCAAGUGGCUCUCCCACCCAGUGCCUUGUGAGCAGCCUGCGCCCCUCCUUGAGGGUCUCCCAGACCCCAGCAGGGUGUCCUCCGAGGUGCAGCAGAUGUGGGCGCUGACAGAGAUGAUCCGGGCCAGUCACACCUCCACGAGGAUCGGCCGCUUCGACGUGGACGGCUGUUACGACCUGAACUUGCUCUCCUACACUUGAGUUGUGGCUCUAAGCAAGACGUCGACCUUCCUUGUGCACCGAAGACUGGUUUGGGCCACCAGAGGCUGAAGUGCUUUCCCUGUGCAUUCCAUGAGUGUUGGCCGGCACGCCCGUUCUGUCUGGGCCACAUUCACAGAGUCAAGAUUCUAGGGAGCUCACUGCGCUGCUUCUGCAUGAGCUCCUGGUGGUGGGGUUUGCACGCUGUCCUCACCUGACCACAACCCUGAAUUCCUCUUCCUGCCCUAAAAACACUCUAGUUCUACUUACUAAGAAUCGCUGUGUGCCCUGUGCUCCUCCUGCCAACACACACACUUCUGUCUCUGCCUGCUCCCUCACCUGAGUGCGGCGGGCUGGGUGACCUACUAGAACCUGCUCUGUUGAGCGUUGUAGGCUGUUGUAACCAUGGCACUGACGUAGUUUGGAAGCUUGAAGGAGGAACAGGAGCCCCACGCCUUCCUCCUGCGCCUCCUAGUGGUCGUCUUUCCCUUUGUGUCAUGUCCACAAAAAGAAAUUUCCUGUCUCAACCCCUGCUGCCUGCUUCGCCCUUAUCCAAGCAGCAGCUGCUUCCACAUAGAUGCUGUGGUCAAAAAGGAGCCCAGGGUGACAGUUUUCCUUUAGGGUUGCCAUUCUGUUUGCUGUAACUGAUGUGCAACAUUUUGGGAAAAGACAGAAGAAAAAAAAACCAAAAAAUUCCUGCCGCCCGCCUAGGGAGCAAAGGUGGCAAUUUGAGCCGCCAGUCCCGUGGUCUCUGAGUUGUCUUCUGGAUGUGUGUUCAAGAGGGUCUGCUCACCUAGACUGCGCAGGAGCCCCUGGCAAAGCCAAGGUCUGAGAAUGAGUCCUACGACCUAUUUGCUAUCUGACACAGCCCAAAGUACAUCCUUGCCCCUGCUCCCAGCUGCCUGCUUCCAAAAGUCAUGCUCAGGGUGAUGAGGGAUCCUGGUGGGGAGCGGGUCCAGGUGAGGCUUCUCACUGGUGUCUAGAGGCUGAGGCCUUCUAUAGCCCCAUGCCAACCACUGAAUAAGGCAGGCUGCUCGUCCUGAUGAGAAAAUACUGCUUCUCUCUCUCUUUUUUUCUUUUUCUGUCUUUGCCCCUGAUGACUAUAGGAGGCAGCACUGCAGCAUGCUGGACCUGGGAAAUUAGAUAUUUAUAUGGCUCAACAGCUUUCUGGGGGAGGGUCAGCCACCUUUUGGUGGCCACCCUCUUCUCACACCCAUCAGGGUUCUUGCAGGUGGUACCUUUCCCUGCAGGGUCAUUUACUUAGCUCCAUUCAGCUUUUGCUAAGAGGGUAACAACCACAGUUCUUUGCUCAGGGAGUAUCACUCUGUGUGUGUGUGUGUGUGUGUGUGUGUGUGUGUUGACAGGGGUCUCUGGGGUGGCAGGGACAGUGCUUCAUUCACAGCUGUGUCCCCAGCACCUAGCACAGGGCCUAGCAUGCUGCAAGGUCAAUAAACACUUGUGGAAUGCCUGACUGUUGGCUGCCUGUGUCCACCCAGCGGGAGAGCUGGAGACCCUCACAUG